AAGGAGCAGCAACAUUCAACAUGGCGGCGAACAGAGCAGGCAAGUCUGCUGUUGUCCUGUCGUCUGUUCCUCUCCAGCUCCUGCUCUACCUGACAGCUCUUUACUAUGUCUUCUACUUCCUCUCUACAUUCUGCAUGAUCAUCUACAAGAGUCGUGUGAUGAGCUACCCUGAUGACCUCCUAACCCAGGACGUAGGUCUGCUCUUCUUCAUGGCUUGUCUUGAGCUGUUCCGACUCUACUGUGGUGUGAGGGGUAACCUGCAGGAGACGGAGGGUUAUAUGUGGGCUAACCUGGCCAUGACGGUGGCUACGGCCCUGUUGUCCGUCUACUUCCUGGUAUGGCAGCUGUACGUGAUGCAUGCUGACGUCAUCAUCAACACCAUACUGCUCAGUGUUUACGGACUGGGAGGGGUCCUAGGUCUGGCCACACUGGCUAGAUUCACCAGUGUCUACGCCUGACCCCAUCAAUUAUAGCUGCACUGACAGGACCUCCAGAAUCUCCUUCCACUCCUUCACUACCAAACCUUCACUACCAGUCCUUCACUACCAAACCUUCACUACCAAACCUUCACUACCACUCCUUCACUACCAAACCUUCACUACCAAACCUUCACUACCACUCCUUCACUACCAAACCUUCACUACCAAACCUUCACUACCUCUCCUUCACUACCAAACCUUCACUACCAAAUCUUCACUACCAAACCCUCUGCUGCAACAUUGGAGAUGUCUGAGCAUCAAUGUGGGUGUCCUCACGACGCCAGGACAGCGGAGUCAAUCACCACCUUCCGGAGACACCUGAAACCCCACCUCUUUAAGGAAUACCUAGGAUAGGAUAAAGUAAUCCUUCUCCCCCUCCCCCCUCAAAAGACCUAGAUGCACUAUUGUAAAGUGGCUGUUCCACUGGAUGUCAUAAGGUGAAAGCACCAAUUUGUAAGUCGCUCUGGAUAAGAGCGUCUGCUAAAUGACUUAAAUGUAAAUGUUAAAUGUGGUGCAUUCAGAAUGCUAGUGGUAUCCUGUCCCGGAGCUCUACGGACAAUUCCUUUGACCUCGUGGCUUGGUCUUUGCUCUAUCAACUGUAGGACCUUAUAUAUAGACAGGUGUGUUUCCAAAUCAUGUCCAAUCAAUUGAAUUUAUCACAGUUGGACUCCAAUCAAGUUGUAGAAACAUCUCAGGGAUGAUCAAUGGAAACAGGAUGCAACCCGAGGUCAAUGUUGAGUCUCAUAGCAAAGGCUCUGAAUACUAAUGUAAAUAAGGUAUUUAUGUUUUACUUUAAAAAUAUAUAUAUAUAUUUGCCAAACAUUUCUAAAAAAACUAAAACAAAAGUGUUUUUUGCUUUGUCAUGAUUGGGUAAUUGUGAUGUCAUUAUGGGGUAUUGUGAUGUCAUUAUGGGGUAUUGUGAUGUCAUUAUUGGGUAAUUCUGUGUAGAUUGAUGAGAGAGAGAAAAAAGUAAAAUAACAAAAUGUGGAAAAAGUUGAGAGGUCUGAAUACUUUCCCGAACGCGCAUCACAUCUAUAGGCUACGUUGAAAUGGACAUGCAAACAACAGCCUAUAUAGAAGAUGGACCUCCAGUGACCGUCUAAGCGGUACGUUUGUAAUCAUUCAGCCGAUCCUAAAUCACUCUCAACCCCUUCCCCUUGGCCCUAACUCUUCAAUGUUAACCCCCGAUUGGCCCUAACUCUUCAAUGUUAACCCCCGAUUGGCCCUAACUCUUCAAUGUUAACCCCCGAUUGGCCCUAACUCUUCAAUGUUAACCCCCGAUUGGCCCUAACUCUUCAAUGUUAACCCCCGAUUGGCCCUAACUCUUCAAUGUCUCUAUUGCUUUGUAGUGGAUAUUCCUACAUAUUGGUUAUAUUAUGCAAACACCCGAGGGAUAGGGCCUAGGGGGAGAGGUAGGGAGUGAAUUGAGACCGAUGUUCUGUAUAGGAUAGACACCGGUUAGUCCUCUCACUCAAACCCUUUGUCAUUGUUCUGUCUUAUGUUGUAUCUAUUUCCCAGGAAUAAUCUGAUCAUGUUACUGAAUGUAUCCAGAGUAUUUUCAGAUAUCCUUAUCAACAAAUGCUGUGAAAAGUACAUUAAAUGUAAAAUAUACAUCAAA